AUGAAGAACUGUUCGGCUUCUGUAGCACCUAUCAUUAAAGGAGACAAAUUCAGUAAUGAUCAAUGUCCCCGAAAUGCAUUAGAACAGGAGCAGAUGAAAAACAUUCCAUAUGCAUCUGCAAUUGGCAGUCUAUUGUAUGCACAAGUUUGCACUAGACCUGACAUUGCGAUGGCAGUUGGAAUGUUGGGUCGAUAUCAAAGUAACCCAGAAAUGGAACAUUGGAAAGCUGCAAAGAAAGUCAUGCGGUAUUUGCAAGGAACAAAGGACUACGGUUUGACAUUCAGACACACUGACCAUUUGGAGGUGGUUGGGUAUUCAGAUUUAGAUUUUACUGGAUGUGUAGAUAGUAGAAAAUCUACUUCAGGGUAUAUCUUUCUCUUGGCUGGAGGGGCUAUAUCCUGGAGAAGUAACAAGCAAACUAUAAUUGCUACAUUUAUAAUGGAAAUAGAAUUUAUUGCAUGCUAUGAAGCCACUACACAGGCGCUAUGGAGGAAAAUAAUCAGUCAUCUAAUUAAUAACGAGGGUCCCUAG